ACACCAACAGAGAGAGCAGAGAUGCUCGUCAGACACAAAGAAACGCAUGGCAAAAGACCUAGCCAACUUGUCUUUCGCCCGAGCGACGCAUCAGAUCACGCGAUACGUUAGACACUGCCCAGAGUGUCAGGAAAACGCAACGAACAGGCAACCGCCGCUCGGCGAACUGAACCCCAUCGACACACCCCCGAUCCCGGGCCAUACUAUCACCAUUGAUUUCGUGACAGCGGUUCCGGUGGUCGACCACAGCGAGAUCUGGGCGACGCCUCCAGGAGGUUUCGACAGCUUCAUGUCUGUCUCCGGCAAGUUCGACAAGAGAACCAUCAUCAUUCCAGGGCGAAGCGACUGGAUCGGCUCCACACCUCUCCAGAGUGCGGGUAGUGGUGGUUGUGUACUGUUGCAUUCUACUGUGCUUAGCACGGACGACACCAGAGGUCAGACGCCUCGCAUUCCACUUGUUCGACAGGGUUGUUUGCUCCCAGCGUUCCGUCGACGUAGCUCCGGGCACCGAUCUGAACGGGGCCAAGGAAUCCGCUCGCGGCCGAGGUCGCCAGCGCCGCUUCGCAGAUGGUGCAAGCUGGGAAAUUCUUCCAGGGGUAGCUGUAAGCCGUGACUCGCG